AUGGAUGGAGAAACCGGUCCAAACCUCAGAUUAGCAAAGCCUAGAGAUGGAAGCUCGAUCUCUGUUUGUUUAUUUUCAGAAAAUUCUUCAACAAUAAAAGUUAACAAGUUGAUUAAACCAGAUGAGGCGGAUUCUGAUAUCUGGUCGGCCGAAUGUACAGUGGCGAACAAAACCGUUGCCAAACGGUUCAAAGUCAAGAAUUGCAAUGUAGAUACUAGUUGUUACUUUUUGCUAACCUCAUUGAACAACUCGACGCUGAACGUCAUGCCAGUGUCAAAUUACCAAUAUUUGGAGCCGGUAAUAGAGGGGAAGGGAAAUAUUAAAAUGAUGGAUGAAGAUGUUCCACAAAACAAACUGGAAAAGAAACUUGAAAUGAUCUUGAAAGAGGAGGAUAUUAAAACGCCAAGGCCCAAUCGAGACUCCGAUAUUUCCUACAUUACAUCUGCAUUGUCACUUACAGCUGUAAGAAAGGAGAAGGUAAAUUGGGAUUUUGAAGGGGAUGAUGAUGACGAUGAUGAUAAUGAUAAUAAUAAUUUUGGUGGUCAGGAAGUCGAAAAAUCGGAGAGACUAACCUCUUAUGGGCAGAAGGUUAAAAAUUUGCUAAAGCAACAAGUCAAUCAAGAAGUUGAUGACGAGCUGAUGCAAUAUGAGGAAAGUAAAGAAGGUGGUUCACCAGCAUCGAGCGUUGCCGGUUCAACAGCAUCGAAACAAAGUUCUGCUAUUGAUGAAAUGCAAAAUAAAGUUAUCAGGGUGAUUAGGCAGAAUAUGGGAAGAAUGCCAAUCAAGUUGCUGCUAGAUCACUUCCAAAUUAAGACCAAAAACAAUGCAUUCAAGGCGAUGCAAGAUAUAAUUAAAAGGACUUGUACUGUGGGUUUGGACAAUUCUAGGGGUCAACCAAUCAAAAUAGUUACCCUCAAAGCCGAGUUUUAUACGCACUAA